AUGGCGUCUGCCGCAGUGCUCUUCCAGGUGGCUGGGGCGAGAGCUUUAUUUUCGCGCAGGCAGGCAGACAUUGCCCCUGUCACUCCCCAGCUGUUCCCUUUGAGGACACUUCCUCGCCCUCUGGUUGAGGGAUCGAGGCUGGGCAGGUCCCAUUCCGAGUACAGCGUGGGCUCAGGACUGAGAAGCUUCUUGCCGAGGGCGAAAAUUCCCCAGGGGCAAGCAGAGUCUACCGGAAGUUCCAACGGACUUGAUAGUGCACCUCAGGCUGACCGGGUCAAGGAAGAGGCACAGGCCCUCAAGUCGAGUAUCCAGCGUGCGGAGAAGAGAAUUGAACGCUUGGAGAACCAGAUCGACACUGCUGCGGCUGCAGGCAAGAGCACGGAGUUGUUGGAGCAAAGACUGGUCGCGCUGGAGCAGCGACUGACCGCGCUCGCGCAGGCGGAGGUGGAAAAGUUGAAGCUGCAGCAGACACCAGCGGCGGGGGUUCCAGACCCUGCAGUCUUGGAGAGGCUCCAGAAGUACGCUGAAUUCAUUGCGCAAGCGGACACUGCCAGUGGAGUCAUCCAGAUUCCGCCUGAGCUUCGGGAGGGACUGCCGCCAGGCCUGAGGGAUAGCAUUGUCAUCCGGGAGUGCUAUCGCACGGUGCUGAAGAAGCUCGAGGUUCUUGGGAACAACUUUGCGGUCAUCCUGAGUGGCACCCCGGGCAUCGGAAAGUCCGCCUUUGCUGUCCUCCUCCUGCACCGGUUGGCAAAGCAGGGGGCACAAGUGGCAUACAGGUACAUGGAUACGAUCAGAAAGGACACCAUACUUUUCUUCGAUUUCUCCAAUCCGCUGGCGAUCAAUGUCAAGAAGGCUUCUGAAGGCACUGCUUACUGGCAAUCCAUUCAAGGCCUGAGGGAUAGCAUUGUCAUCCGGGAGUGCUAUCGCACGGUGCUGAAGAAGCUCGAGAUUCUUGGGAACAACUUUGCGGUCAUCCUGAGUGGCACCCCGGGCAUCGGAAAGUCUGCCUUUGCUGUCCUCCUCCUGCACCGGUUGGCAAAGCAGGGGGCACAAGUGGCAUACAGGUACAUGGAUAGGAUCAGAAAGGACACCAUACUUUUCUUCGAUUUCUCCAAUCCGUCGGCGAUCACUGUCAAAAAGGCUUCUGAAGGCACUGCUUACUGGCAAUCCAUUCAAGACCUCUGCGAGCGCCCUUCUGUCUGGCUAGUACAAGAUGGACGGGCUCCCCGUGAAACGCAGUUCCCGGGCUACGGUCGCUGGGUGGUACUGUGCUCGCCCAAUUCUGACAAUUACAUGGAGUUUGUCAAGGGGAAGCACGCUGAAGUCUGGUGGCUCCCUGUGUGGACGCUCGAUGAGUUGCUGGAGUGCCGGCAGCGCUUCUACCCUCAUAUGUCACAAAAGCAGACGGAGAAUCGCUUUGAGCAGUUUGGCGGGGUCGUCAGGAGCGUCCUGGCAGACCCCGGCCGAUCGUUUGAGCGUCUUGCGAGGUCACUCUCAGCUUUGGAGGCGGUGGACCUGUAUCGCCUUGGCGCAGCAGCUUUGAAGAGCGCCAUACGGCAUGCAUUUGCGCACAUUGAAGCGACGAAAGAUCUGGAGUUUGAUGGGUUCCGUCUUGGUUCGCCGCGCAUCGGGGACCUCGUCUUUCAAAAAGCCAAGGAGGGCCGGUGGCAGGACCUAGUGGACCUGCUGCACGCGGCUGCCAGCAACCCGAGGGUCGGCGAGAUGUCAGGGUCCUCAUUGGAGGCGUACGGGCAUGUGAGGUGCGUCCUGGGCGUAGACCUGGACGACGACGACAUCAAGGAGGUGUUCCGAAAGCGGCGCGGCCGGCCUCGGAAGCAGGAGGGAGCGAGACAGGGCGGGGAGGUGUCCGAGAAUGACCCGGGUCAGUCGGAAAAGCGGGAGGAAGCGGUUGAAGAGAUCAAGGAGGCGUUCCGGAGCUGCAAGGAUUUUGUGUCCGACAGCAAGGAGGAGGGGAUGAAUCCGGCGGAUCUGAAGCACACGUACCUCCGGCCAACCACAAGAGAUCAAGAGUCGUGGGAUGGGCUACUCUGCCCCGGUGGCGAUUGGAUAUAUGCUGUCCAGUUCACGCGCAACCCCGGGCAUGGGAUCAGCGCGCAAGGGAUUCUGGACCUUCUGAAACGCAUCGGUAGAAAGCAGCUUCGAGUAGUCCUUGCGGUUCCAGGAGAGAAGUUUGAUAACUAUGGUUGGCAGCCGUGGACCGGUCCCAAAAAAAAAGGUGUGGAUGGGGAGAUGGUCAUGACAAAAGGCGCUCUUCCAGAGAACGAGGUCCCUCCCGAGCUGAAGAGCAUCAAACAAUGGGUGGUUCGCCUGAAGCUGCCUGAUGCGGGGGACGAGGUUCUGCGAAUCCCCGAAAAUAUGUUAGUGUUGCCUGACAAAGAGUUGUCCGAUGAUGACUUGUCUGACGACUUGUCCAGAUAGAAGUAGAUCGUGCAACGUGUCCAGAUAGAAGUGAAUCGUGCAAGAGACGUGGCAGAAUUUUAGUCGAAUGUGGAGGACCGACGCCUCAGCAGGGGCUCAAGCUUGUGUAGCUCAAUUUUCUUCCUCUGUUGCUCUUUCAGCAACAUUAAUGUCUCUAGACAUCGGCCAUGCUGAAUUACCGAGA